AUGUCAUUCCAAAUCGCACAACUCUUUAGCGUCGAGCGCAAGGUCGUCGUCAUUACUGGAGGAGGCUCUGGUCUUGGCAAAGCUAUUGCCGAAGCAUUUGCUACCAAUGGUGCUAAGGUUUACAUUACUGGGCGCCGCGAAGCUCUCCUUCAGAAUACUUCAACCGAAAUAAAUGCCAAAUCUACCCUUGGCGGCUCAGUUACUGCUAUCCAAGGAGAUGUCUCCACAAAGGAUGGUUGUGCUCAACUGAUCAAGGAGAUCUCAAGCAAAGAAGACCAUAUCGACGUUCUUAUCAACAAUGCCGGACUUCCAGGAAAGAUUGACUAUCCUCAGUGGGACCCAAACAAUUCCGAUGAGGUGGAGAAGGCUUUGUGGGAAAGCGUUGAUGAUGACUCUUUCCAUUCAACCAACAGUGUGAACAUCAACGGUAUCUAUUUCACUACUGUGGGGUUCGUUCCUCUGUUGCGAAAAUCUACAGAGCCUAGCGUGAUUAUCAUCGCAUCACUUGCUGGUCUUAUCAACCAAAGAGCAAUGGGAACUAUGACAUACGCUGUAUCCAAGGCAGCCGCGGUGCAUUUGUCAAAGCUUCUCGCAGGAAGAUUCCACCCAAUGAAAAUUCGAGUCAACUGCAUUCUUCCAGGAAUCUUCCCAAGUGAAAUGACCACUACAGACAGCACAAGUAGCCACGACACCCUGAACAAGUUUGCCGUUUCAGCAGCCAAGAGAUGUACUGCUGGUCGCGCUGGAUAUGCCGAGGAGAUUGUCGGCCCUUGUCUCAUGCUGAGUUCCAAGGCAGGCGGAUAUAUGAAUGGGGGUCAUAUUUUGGUGGAUGGAGGCAGAGCUAUGGGCGCCUCGAUCAACGACGGACUUCAUAUGCCAGAAGAUACCUACGUCGAUUAA